ACGAGGGAAUUCCCAAAGACGAAAGGGACUAGACAUUCAUAGAUUCCUACAUGGAGCCCAAACUCCUUCCUGCGGUACGUGUAUGUACAUCGGACUUCUCCGUUUCGAAAAGGAAAAGAAAUAGAAUUCUGACGGAAUUUGGAACUACUGUAAUGGAAUAAGAAACAAUGGAAGGAGUUGUUGGCUGUUGCUGGCUGGCCUUGAAGUGGAGGCAAUGAGGGCUCAUAGAAGAGCAGAGACGGCAGAAGGGACAGAUGGUCCAGUGGUUUUGCAGUCUUUCACAGGGUCAUGGAGCAGGCGACAGCGGACUAAGAAGACUUGGCCAAUUGCAGUGCAGAGCGGAGCAGUGCUGGUAGAGUAGCAAUUAGAAGUGGGAAUAGGUUACUGCAGUGGCGACGGCCUUGGGUCUUAGAUUGGUGUUUUUCUGAUUCAGAAGAGGUUUUCGUGGGCUCGGUGGGGUGGUGUGGGGCUGGGUUGGGUUUAGGCGGGUGCUCUAGGAGGAGAAGCGAUGAAUGUGGCGGAGGAUGAGAACAAGUUUCAUGACGGAGGAGAUGAAGAAAAAGAGUAGGAUCACUGGAACCAAGGGAAGGAAAGAGAAAGUGAGGGAAAGGACUGAGUUGAGCAUUUUCAGAGGAGGAAGAGGAGUAGAUCGGGGGGAGUUGAAGCGUAUCAAUGUGGUUUCAUCACGGAAUUGUGAGGCGUCCCGAUUAGAGGCCUCAACUUGUUGGGAUCGAUGCCGGAGGAAUUGAUAGGUCAAGUUUUGGGUGCGGUUGAUCAAGUGUUUCAAUUGCUGAAUAUAAAUGAAGUGGCCAGAUUGUUGAACAUGCCGUCCAACAGAACUCAAAGCGAUUAUGGAACGGCAGUGGUGCUCGGAGUUGCCACGGUUGCAGUCGCUGCAGUUGUAGGUGGAAUUGUGUACUUCAAUGACGGGAAAGCACCUUGGAAUCGUAGGAAGAAACAUCACCCGUUGACCAAGCAACAGUGGGUGGAGUCAUUCGAAUCCAAAGAAGGCCGGCUCAGUGAUGGCGGAGAGAAGGUUCUACACAAAGCCCGCAAAGGGGGAAUCGAUAUCAGCAUCCGGGCAGAAGUAUGGCCAUUCUUGCUAGGCCUGUAUGAUAUGAAGAGCACCUCAGCAGAAAGGCAGGCUUCAGAUGUCUGCAAAAGUGAGGAGUAUCAAGAAUUGAGGCGGCAGUGUGCUGUCUUGAAAGAACGAAUGGUAGCAGAUUCGAAUAAAUCUAGCUUGGAAAAGGAUGACUCGGGCUCAUUUGAGAAAGUUAAUGAAGCUGAUAUCCUAGAGUCAAUGAUCGACGAGAAAGGAGAAACAAGUGAAUCGGAGCCAAGUUCCAAGACAGACGAAGUUUCAGAAUCAAAAGAGAAGCAGGAUGGUGUGUCCAACAACGAUACUGAGGAGAUUGCCGCAAAUGAUGAGCCCUCAGAGAAUCCUAAAGUUGAUGAUAUUCUGGCAAAGGGACCGAAAGCUCUCGAAGAUUAUAAAGACUGGAUGAGAAUCAUACGGCUUGAUGCCGUGCGUAUGAAUGCCGAGUGGGUACCUUAUUCAGCUGUUCAAGCCAAUGUUUCAGAGGAAGAAGCUGCCAGACGAGCUGGUGAGGUAGGCAUUCAAGAUGACGAUCAUCUGGAGGCCAGCCGCAGACACCAUGCAGCACGCCUGGUAGCCAUCCUGGAAGCGUAUGCUUUGUACGAUCCAGAGACUGGAUAUUGUCAGGGUAUGAGCGACUUGCUCUCCCCAUUCGUUGCUCUGAUGGAGUCGGACUCCCAGGCCUUCUGGUGCUUUGUUGAAUACAUGAAGGUUGCAAAAGCCAAUUUCCGAAUGGAUGAAACCGGGAUCUUACGGCAACUGCGGUUGGUGGGCCAAAUAUUUCAGCUCUCUGAUCCCCAGCUCCAUGACCAUCUAGUAAGGAUCCAGGCGGAUGAUUGUUUCUUCGUAUAUCGGAUGGUAGUUGUGCUCCUCCGGAGAGAGCUGAGUUUUGAGCAGACCGUGUGUUUGUGGGAGGUAGUUUGGGCGGACUGGGCCGCUCUCAGACUGGAAGCUACUGGAGGGAGCCGCAGCGUCAGGGAGGCCUUGAGAAGGCUCCCAGCUUCUAAAGACUUGUUGCUUUUCACCAUUGCUGCCGCCGUGUUACAGAAGAGGAAGUUCAUUAUUGAAAAGUGCCAAGGUUUGGAUGAAAUAUUAAGAGAGUGUAACGCUAUGGCCGGAAAAUUGGAUAUUUGGGAGCUGAUUGAUGACGCUCGUGAGCUUCUGCGCGUUUUCAACAGUAAAGUAGGCCACGAAAAGACCGAUUAGUCUGUACAAUCUGUAUUCUGUAAUAACACAUAAUUUCCAGGCGUUGAGAGAGCUCCGGACAGUCAGCUGCCUGAGAAUCCAGUCACAAUCAGGCCAAUCACAAUCCGUUUAUUUGCUGAGGUCUUCCUACUUGUAACCUUCGGACCAUUUCCUUGAACCAUUACCACCAGUCAUCUCGUAGAAUUACAUGUUGCUUAAAGUUUAACUGCAGGUGUUAUAGCUCUUGUUGUCUACAGUAUCUUAGCAGGUCUGUAAAGAUCCAUGUAAUCGUUUAGGGUUGAAGAAGUAGACACUAAAUUGCCUGCCUUUAUAUUUGGACUGGAAGUUCUUUAAAGGCUGCAUGCUGCUCAUUGUCCACCGUCUGACCUUAGCUUUGGGAGGAAAGAACCCUCAACACUGUUUUUGUUACCGAAAAGACACAACCCGCGAACGUCGAAUUUAUGUCGAGAAACACACCACUCUAUACUGUAAUAAACGUGGCCGCUAUUUUUUUCCGACCUAGAAAUCUGGCUAACAAAGUUAGUGAGCCUUUUCAGGAAUACUCUAACAGUGGAGAAGUUUUCAGGAAACUGACAGUCCUAGAGAAACCUUCAAAGUUCCAGGCAGAAGAAAAACCAGGUGAAAGUUGGAUACGUGUAGUUCAGCGUCAGUCUUCUAAAAUUUUGCGUUGUUCAUUCAAACUCAAGCAGCUACAAUUUG